UCCUCCCACAAGGUGAUGCUGGGGGGCGCAUGGUUUGAAAGCAGCAUAGGGGACCCCGACGCCGUGUCUUCCGAGAAGGUCCUAGAAUUGGCCAAGACUGCGGCCGCUGAGCAGCUGGGGGUGCGGGACAAGCCGAGCCGGAGUAUUGUGAACAUUAAUAAGGACUGCAUCCCUCAGUACACGCUGGGACACUGGCGGCGCACAGGGAACAUCUCCGCCUACACGCGCCAACUUUCCUUGCCCCUGAGCCUCAUUGGCGCCUCUUACCAUGGCGUCUCCGUGAAUGACUGUAUAUAUAACGCCAGGCAAGCCGUGCACAGCCUGCUGGGGCAUUAGCAUCUCCGGCCCCGCCAUCACUGUGGGGUCCCUAAUUGGAGCAUCGGGGUGGAAG